CCCAAUCCAAAGUGCAUCCUUUCAUUCAUUCUUCUUCAGAGGUGCACAGAAGGUGUCCUGGAAAAGCAGAGUACUAGUUCAGUGUCCUUGGUUGAAGUUCAACACACAAUGGCAGGAAAAGGCUCAAGAGAUUGGCACACUGGUCUCUUGGACUGCGCAAAGGAUGUACCUAGUUGCUGCUAUGGUUUCUGGUGCUGCCCCUGCCUCGCCUGCUCCAUUUCAGUGAAAUUAGAAGAGAACACCUGUCUCCCUUUAUGUGACAUAUUCGGUCCUGGUGUGUUUGCAGCCUGUGGAAUACCUCUUUGUGCUCCCCCUGCAGUCUUGUCUGCAAGGGUUGCCAUGAGACACAGAUAUGGCAUCAAGGGGUCUCUCUGCAAGGAUAUUGCAGUUUCCUGUGUCUGUGAGUGGUGCUCCUGGUGUCAGAUGCAUCGCGAGUUAAAACAUCACAAGAAAACCCCGACUGUUAUCAACGUACAGAAUAACCCUGUUGUCAACAUGCAGCCUAUUCCAGUUGCCCAGCCACCAGUUGUGAUGAUGCCUGCACAACCAGUUCCAGCUAGUUAUGUUGUUCAACCAGGAGUGGUCAUGCGUCCAUACUGAUGAUUGCCAGUAUGAUGCUGCUCAGAGUUUGUUCUGACGCAUUUAUCAGUGAAAGCAGAGAAUGUAAUCAAUUUGAAAUUAGACUAUGAUAAUUUCUAUUGAUUUCCUGCUAAUCAUGAAAAUUAUUUCUAUU